UCGGCGUACCCGGAAGUGCGCGAGGAAGGAGAACCCGGAAGCGCCAUGGGAUGCGAUGGCGGCACCAUCCCCAAGCGGCACGAGCUGGUCAAGGGGCCCCGCAAAGUCGAGAAGGUUGACAAAGUUGCUGAGUUGGUGGCCAGGUGGUUCUACUGUGCCCUGAGCCAGGAGAAGCUGCGCCGGCCCAUCGUGGCCUGUGAGCUGGGCAGGCUGUACAACAAAGAUGCCAUCAUUGAAUAUUUGUUGGACAAAUCCCCUGAUAAAACCCCCAUGGAAUCUGCAUCCCACAUCAAGAGCAUUAAGAACGUGACAGAGCUGCAGCUGGUGGAUAACCCAGCCUGGGGUGGGGACAAGGAGAGCAUCAAGGGGGACAAGUACGACGACCUGCAGGCUGCACGCUUCAUCUGCUCCGUGGUGGGGCUGGAGAUGAACGGCAGGCACAGGUUUUGCUUCCUGAGGAACUGUGGCUGUGUGUUCUCUGAGCGUGCUCUCAAGGAAAUUAAAGCAGAAGUUUGUCACAAGUGUGGUGUUCCCUUUCAAGAGGAAGAUGUGAUUGUCCUUAAUGGUAAUAAAGAGGAUGUGGAAAUUCUGAAGAAAAGGAUGGAGGAAAGAAGACUUAAAAGUAAAUUGGAAAAGAAAUCAAAGAAAGGCAAGACAGCAGCAGCAGCUUCUCAGCAAGAGCCCUCUGCAGAUUCUCCAGGUCCUUCAAAAGCUAAGAGUGGAAAGGAUUGUGUCAAUUCCAGCUCUGGGGAAAGCAGGCAGAUAAUCUUCACCAAAAGUUCAGAGAAUGGAAACCCAGCAGUCCCAGGAAAAGUCAGUAAAGCUUCCAGCAGCACCAAGAGAUCCAUUGCAGACAGCGAGGACAAGUCUGAGGCUUACAAAUCUAUUUUUACAACUCACAGCUCAGCGAAGCGUUCCAAGGAGGAGUGUUCCAACUGGGUUACUCACACAGCUUACUAUUUCUGAAACAAUGGGGAGCACCCUGGCUCCUUCCCUCCUUCCCCAUGGCUCCCUCUGUGCAGAACUUUUGUGCUGCAAUUCCUCUUUGUGAGUUGAUUACAAACCUGGCCAUAGCUGGAGAACCUGUGUCUGCAGCUGCAGCUUCUGGUGAAUAUAAGCAGACCAGCAGAAUCCACGUUGUAGCAGCAGAUUUCAUUCUGAAAUGUUGGAAUUUUUGCACAAAAAUUCUCCUUUUCUCCUCCCAGCUGGAUGUUAUCCUCACAGUGUCCUCAGGAGGAGGAGAGGAGAAGUUCCUGCUCUCCUCCUCUGUUGAUUUGUGCCACAAAAUAAUUGUGUAAUUACAGCUUUCAGUGUAUUACUACAGAAUUCAAGCCCUCUGUAACUUUCUGACAGCAAAAAUAGAAAUAAUGUCGUUAAUGUUGUUUUUUUUUUUUUUUUGUCAAGCCAACUGGGCCCUCAGUAGAACUUUAUAUUUCUAAAAGCUUCUGCAGAUUUUUUCAAAUAAUUUACCUUUGACAGAGUAGAUGAGAGCACAGUCAUGAAAAUGUUUGUGCAACGUCCUUGUCCACUUUGUUGUAGCCUGUUUCUAGCAGCAGAAUAUUCCCUUGCUAAUGUCUGAAUCCCAUAAUACCCACAUGGAAUGACCAGAGGGAAGGCUGGAACUUCUUCACUUUCCUCUCUCCCUCUUUUAAAAUUGAAAUCUGCUUUUCUAAUCCUGGCACAAACUAACCAGAAUAGAAAUGCAGAAAGUAGGAGGCUUUAAAAACCGCUGCAUGAUAUUACCUUGUUACCUUUGUGUGUGAAAAUGAUUAAUUAUCUUUGUAAUAUAAUUUUAAAAGUGUCCCCAUGUAUAAUUGGCAGUAGUUACCUGGAGAUUCAAAUGCUCUGUUGAUAUUUGCAUAGGUGGUCUCCAUGAUUCAAACAGCUUGAAUGAAACUGCUGGGAUUUUAUUAUUAUUUUGAUAGGUAUAAUUAAAAAUUGGUUUGCUGCAGAGUUUC